AUGAAUUCCUCCAAGGGUGCCUGGAAAUCUGCCAUUUUCAUCAUCUUUGUAGAGGUGGCUGAGCGAUUUGCCUACUAUGGGGUGUCGGGGAACCUGUUCUCGUACUUGAUUAAGGAGGUUGGCCAGCCUACCGCCACCGCCGCCAAGAAUGUCAACAUCUGGCAAGGUGUCUCCGCCGUGUUUCCGGUGGUGGGUGGCUUCCUUGCUGAUUCUUAUACAGGAAGAUUCUGGACCAUCCUCUUAUCCUCCAUCAUAUAUCUCACUGGUUUGGUUUUGCUAACCAUAGCAGUGUCGAUAAAAUCCAUAGCCCAUGGCCAUGUUUUUUUCUUUAUAGCACUUUAUAUUAUUGCAAUUGGAGAAGGUGGGCACAAGCCAUGUGUGCAGACUUUUGCUGCUGAUCAAUUUGAUGAAAAUCUACCUGAAGAAAAGGCUGCAAAAAGUUCAUUUUUCAAUUGGUGGUAUGUGGGAAUUGUGUGUGGUGCUACUGCUGCUGUUUUGGUGGUAAUUUACGUGCAGGAUUAUGUUGGGUGGAAUUUUGGUUUCGGAAUGCUGGCGGUGGCCCUGGCAGCCGCACUCGUGGUGUUCUUGAUUGGAAGCAGGACUUAUCGCUGCCAAGCUCCAGUAGGGAGUCCAUUUACUAGGGUGGCACAAGUUGUUGUUGCGGCCAUGAGAAAGCGGAAACUAUCAGAGAGGGAGGGCCGCGGCAUUUGCCAAGAAGAGGAUAGCAGCAGUAUCUGCUUGGAGGGCGGGGUGAGAAUUUGUACUCUGGUCCGCACUAGUAAGUUUAGAUUUUUUGACAAGGCCAUGAUUAUAGAUGAAAUAGAUGCAUCUAGUGAGAAAAGAAACCAGUGGAGACUUUGCUCUGUAAACCAAGUCGAGGAAGUAAAGCUUCUCCUCCAGCUGAUUCCCAUUUGGUUUAGUUGUUUGAUGUUUGCUGUUGUGAUUGCGCAACUUGGCACUUAUUUUACCAAACAAGGUAGCACUAUGAACAGAUCUAUUGGACGAAACUUCCAUAUACCAGCAGCAUCCUUUCAAGUGUUCACUGGUUUCACAAUUCUUACCGCGGUUCUGCUAUAUGAGAAACUCUUUGUUCCAAUAGCUAGACGAAUAACCGGGCACUCUUCUGGGAUAACGAUUCUACAAAGAAUCGGGUUUGGACUAUUCUUAUCCAUAAUUACCAUGGUCGUGGCAGCUUCCGUAGAGGCCAGAAGGGUCGGGAUUGCAAGAAAAAACGGGCUUAUCGACUCUCCAAAAUCAGUAGUUCCAAUGAGAGUUUGGUGGUUAGUUCCACAAUACAUGUUGGCAGGGCUCUCCGAUGUUUUUACAGUGGUUGGAUUGCAGGAGCUAUUCUACGAUCAAAUGCCUGUUGCAAUGAGAAGCAUCGGUGCAGCUGCAUACAUCAGUGUUGUGGGCGUUGGGAGCUUUUUAAGCAGUGUUCUGAUAUCUGUUGUGCAAGAAAUUAGUUCAAAAAGUGGGCACAAGUGGCUUGGUAACAACAUUAAUCAAGCAAAUCUUCCCUACUUUUACUUGGUUUUAGCAGCUUUGAGUGCUGUUAAUUUGUGCGUUUACAUCUUUAUUUCGAAAAGAUUUGCGUACAAGAAAAUCGAAUCUCAAGGUCAUUCUAUUGUAAAAGAAUGA